UGAAGCUGGAAUAGCUAAAGCAGAUAAUUUGGGUUUGGCAGGACCCAGAAUGACCCUGAAAAAGAGAGCCAACUGGAUUUCCUUCAUAAAGAUCAAGCCAAAAUGUGAUCUGUGGCAAAAGAAGCUUUUGACUAAAUUAAAAGAAUGGAGAAGAACAGAUGCAUUAUUGCAACUCCAAGCAAAGUUUUUGAAGACUUCCAACCCUGAGCGAAUAAUGCAAGUGCUCCAAGAUCACGCUGCAAAGACAGUCAUGCUGGCUCCACAUCAUCCAUCUUUUGUGGCUUCCCAAGGUUUGCAUCAGUGCAACUAUGACCAAGUCUGGGAGAAUAUUUACAGCAACAUCAACCUCUGUCAGAAUAAAAAUAUGAAGGAUGACGAUCUCUCCAUGAAACAAAAUGAAAAUGAUCUAUCACAAAUAAGUCUCAGCCAACAUGCUGAUGGGCCUCUCAAGCAGAUACAAGAGACGGGGUACAACUAUGCAAUGACCCUACAACUGCUGGGCUUGGAUGACGGCACUGAGCCCAGUGAUAGGAAUCCUGUUCUGAUGAGAGGGGCCUACUUGUCUUUUCUGUAUCUACGCCACCUUCGAAUCAGAGAACUGCAGUGCAUCUGCUUAGGAAUUCUGAAUUAUUUCAGAUCUGUUGAGCGAACCCUGACAAUCAAUACUUCGGGCCUUACCUUGGUUUCAGGGAAACUGUUCCCCACCAUGGAAGAUAGUUCCUGGGUAAAUAUGGCAAAAGGAGGUCUGGGCACCUUGCAGGGCCUGGGCACUCACCACUAUGUCCAUGAGACGCCUGCUGAGCACAAGGUCACAAAGUGGGCAGCCAGCCAAAGAGUGGCCAGGACUGGGGAUGGGCCCAUGCAGGUGUGGACAGAUUUGCUGUGCUGUAUGACACGUGGACUUGGGAAGCAGCUCUUCUGGAAAACAAGCACCAGGUUUACUUGCUGCACUACACUGUAUUGGUACUGCAUCUGCCAACAGUACGAUGGGGCCUCCCGUCGCUUUGCUGGGCCCCAAGGCUGCCUCUGCUGAUCCCUGACUACCAACC